UGAAAUGGUGACAAUAGUGCCGACUCUGCAUCAGCCAAAUGACCCCAGCAACUUCACCUUCUUCAAAGCAGCCCUCGAAAACAAACAUAAGGUGGCAGAACAAUGGGAACCUAUACGAGCAGUCUACAAGAAACUGUGUCGCAACGAUCUCUCUCUCACUCAUCAAGAACUUGCCCAACUCAAGUGCCGCUAUGUUCACCGAAAUGUGCCUUUCCUAAGGAUUGGGCCGUUGAAAGACGAAGAAGCCUAUCUGGAGCCAAGAAUUGUGCUAUAUCGUGACGUCAUCUACGACAGCGAAAUAGAGCUACUUAAGAAAAUGGCUUUACCCAAGUUGAAGGUGAUGAAUCUCAACAAGGCUUCGAAUACGGUGGCAUUGUAUCGAAUCAGCGCGGGAGCGUGGCUGUAUGAUGAUGACCACCCAUCCAUUGAGCGACUGAGCAAGCGUGUCGAGUACAUGACGUCACUUGAUAUGUCUUAUGCUGAGUCACUGCACGUGACUAACUACGGCAUUGGUGGAUACUACGAAGCACACCAUGAUUAUUUAUCGGUAAAACUGUCAAUUUUAAUGUAAUGACGAAUAGCGUGGCAGGGUUUAAUUAAAUUUGUUUUGUAAUUUAAAAGAACAAUAGUAUUCUUUAUAAGUUCAAAAUCCUAUUAUAUUAUUGAGCGAGCAAUC